CAGACAACACCUGCUUAACUCCUUCAUCCAAAUUGACACCCUAGGCUCUAGAGAAAUAUAGGCAGCAUCCCCUUCCAGCUCAUGCAUUCAGUAGGCUACCACACAGCUGCUCUAUGACACGCCGAGUCGCAGCUGCGCCGAUCGUUGAUCCAAGGUGAACCUCCGCAAACACUCUCACUCACGCACGCACGCACACUCUCUCUCUCUCCCCCUCUGUCGGAUCUUCGCCGGGAACGGAGGCACACUGCCGGAGACGCAAUGCUGGUCAAGCUGGCCGCGGCGCUGCUGGUUUUGUCAGUGCUGGACCAAGCGGGGGGAUCGGAUAAUACUGAUUUUCACGAGCUGCCCCCGGAGAAGCCCGCCAGCCAGAAAGGACGCCUCUCCCUGCAGAACACAGCUGAGAUCCAGCACUGCCUGGUGAAUGCUGGGGAUGUUGGCUGUGGCGUGUUUGAGUGCUUUGAGAAUAACUCCUGCGAGAUACGAGGGCUGCAGGAAAUCUGCAUGACGUUUCUGCACAACGCUGGCAAAUUUGACUCUCAGGGAAAAUCCUUCAUCAAGGAUGCUCUAAAGUGCAUGGCCCACGGUUUACGGCACAAGUUCGGCUGCAUCAGCAGAAAAUGUGUGACCAUUAAGGAGAUGGUGUUCCAGCUCCAGAGGGAGUGCUACAUCAAACACAACCUGUGCUCUGCUGCAAAGGAGAAUGUGGCGGUCAUUGUGGAGAUGAUCCAUUUCCAAGAUCUCUUCCCCAAAGGCCCAUACGUGGAGCUGGUGAACAUCCUCCUGAGCUGCGGCGAGGAAGUCAAGGAAGCGCUAACUCGUAGCGUCCGACUACAGUGCGAGCAGAACUGGGGAGCGCUGUGCGACAGCCUGAGCCUCUGCUCCUCCCUCGUCCCGUCUCCUGCCAGCACCGUGGUCGAACACCAUCGCCACACUUUCCCCUCUCCCCACCUAGAGCUGGAACACCCGCGCCUUCCACGACAAGGCGACAAGGACAGGGCUAGUAAGGCGACCCUCAACGCCCACCCGCGUAAUCGUAGCCAAGGGCCCCGCCGCCACAGUCCAGAAGCAGCAAUGGUGACGCAGCAAGAUCCCAAGGCUGACAUCCGAAGGUGAAAGCUCAAGAAAUCUUUGUACCCCUUCCAACAUUUAAAAGCCACAUUUGCAGACUUAUGCACACAUCCAUGCCGUCACAUGAACACACACACACACAUGCACGCACACAUACCUUUUACAACAAACUCCAAGACCGAACGAGCAGAAGGAAACAAGUCCUGCUUGUUCCUUUUAUCUCUUCCGCUUCUCCAGUCAUUCCAGCAGUCCCACAUGGUAAACUUGCAGGGUAAUUGUGGUGUAGACCGAUCUUAUUUUAUUUUUCAUUUUUUUUUCUUUAUGAACAGUUGUUACCAUAACUAUUUCAACUGUUAGGUCUAUUUUGGCUCUAAUAUAGUAGUCCUCAAAUCAUUACUUACUGUAAGAUUUGAUUAUAUUUUUAUUUAUUUUCUUUAUGCAAUGUUUGAAAUAUCAGAAUGUACAUAGAAAUAAACAUCUAUAUUUAUAUGACCAUGUAUAAAUAUAGCAACAACAUGCAAUACUGAGAUCCUAUUAAUGACAAAGUAUACAGUGUGCUGUCUCUUUACAGUGUUGCACCAAUCACACCUUGAAGUGUAGAUAUGUAAUAUACUCCCUUUGCUGUUUUCAGAGUUGGAAUGUGUACUAUACCCAUAUAGAUACUUGAUAACUAAACAGAAAUUGUACAGGUUUUGUCCAGUUCUGGCACAUAUGAAUCUUAGUGCAUGAUGCCCAUAAAGUCGACAAACUUGUGCAUCUAUUUAAAGUGAAAGUGCACCCAAAAGAAGUUAGUUGGUUCAAAGUAGAAUAAUGGCCCAUUUGCAUAGAGGGACAUAAAAGCUAAGGCAGAUCUUCGCUUUGCGUGGAAUCUCGUUGAGUCAGAACAAACCCAAGACAUUUAUUUUUUUAUUUUUUUAUUUUUUUGGGGACUCCUCUGCCUCAGAAUAAAUGGGUAGACUCUGACUUUUUUUUAAUUUUUAUUUUUAUUUUAAAUGCGGAAAUCUGUUGCGUCACUCUUUUGAAUUGCUAAUGGAGCUUCAGAAACUGUCUUGGAAGCAUUUCAGAAUCACUUGUAUUGUUUCUUUCAGAAGUAUUUACACCCACUGAACUUUUUUUUUUUUUUUUUUUUCUU